AUGAAAAAGUCCUUCUACCUGUCCCUGUGUAGUCCUCAACCCUCCUACCUGUCCCUAGUCUUCAACCCUCCUACCUGUCCCUGUGUAGCCCUCCUACAUGUCCCUGUCCCUCCUACCAUGUCCCUGUGUAGUCCUCAGUCCUCCUACCUGUCCCUGUGUAGUCCUCAUCCCUCCUACCUGUCCCUGUGUAGUCCUCAGUCCUUCCUGUCCCUGUGUAUCCUCAACCCUCCCUCUGUCCCCCCUGUUCCUCAACCCUCCUACCUGUCCCUGUGUAGUCCUCAGUCCUUCUAUCUGUCCCUGUGUAGUCCUCAGCCCUAUCUGUCCCUGUGUACAUGUCCCUGUGUAGUCCUCAACGUGUCCCUAGCCCUCAGCCCCCUCAUGUCCCUGUGUAGUCCUCAGCCCUCCCUCAUGUCCCUAGUCCCCUGUCCCUGUCAGUCCUUCUACAUGUCCCUGUGUAGUCCUCAACCCUCCUACAUGUCCCUGUGUAGUCCUCAACCCUCCUACCUGUCCCUGUGUAGUCCUCAGCCCUCCUAUCUGUCCCUGUGUAGCCCUCCUACCUGUCCCUGUCCCUCCUACCGGUCCCUGUGUAGUCCUCAGCCCUCCUACGUGUCCCUGUGUAGCCCUCAGCCCUCGCUCAUGUCCCUGUGUAGUCCUCAGCCCUCCCUCAUGUCCCUGUGUAGUCCUCAACCCUCCUACCUGUCCCUGUGUAGUCCUCAACCCUCCUACCUGUCCUUGUGUAGUCCUCAACCCACCUACUUGUCCCUGUGUAGUCCUCAACCCUCCUACCUGUCCCUGUGUAGUUCUCAGUCCUUCUACAUGUCCCUGUGUAGUCCUCAACCCUCCUACCUGUCCUUGUGUAGUCCUCAACCCUCCUACUUGUCCCUGUGUAGUCCUCAACCCUCCUACCUGUCCCUGUGUAGUUCUCAGUCCUUCUACAUGUCCCUGUGUAGUCCUCAACCCUCCUACCUGUCCCUGUGUAGUCCUCAGCCCUUCUACCUGCCCCUUCCUCAGUCCUUCUACCUGUCCCUGUGUAGUCCUCAGCCCUUGUGCAUGUGUAGUCCUCAGUCCUUCUACCUGUGCCUGUGUAGUCCUCAGUCCUUCUACCUGUCCCUGUGUAGUCCUCAGCCCUUCUACCUGUCCCUUCCUCAGUCCUUCUACCUGUCCCUGUGUAGUCCUCAGUCCUUCUACCUGUCCCUGUGUAGUCCUCAGCCCUUGUGCAUGUGUAGUCCUCAGUCCUUCUACCUGUGCCUGUGUAGUCCUCAGUCCUUCUACCUGUCCCUGUGUAGUCCUCAACCCUCCUACCUGUCCCUGUGUAGUCCUCAGCCCUUCUACCUGUCCCUGUGUAGUCCUCAGCCCUUCUACCUGUCCCUGUGUAGUCCUCAGCCCUCCUACCUGUCCCUGUGUAGUCCUCAGUCCUUCUAUCUGUCCCUGUUCCUCAGUCCCUUGUCCCUGUGUAGUCCUCAGCCCUUCUACCUGUCCCUGUGUAGUCCUCAGUCCUUCUACCUGUCCCUGUGUAGUCCUCAGUUCUUCUACCUGUCCCUGUGUAGUCCUCAGCCCUUGUCCCUGUGUAGUCCUCAGUUCUUCUACCUGUCCCUGUGUAGUCCUCAGCCCUUGUCCCUGUGUAGUCCUCAGUCCUUCUACCUGUGCCUGUGUAGUCCUCAGUCCUUCUACCUGUCCCUGUGUAGUCCUCAGUCCUUCUACCUGUCCCUGUGUAGUCCUCAGUCCUUCUACCUGUCCCUGUGUAGUCCUCAGCCCUACCUGUCCCUGUGUAGUCCUCAGUCCUUCUACCUGUCCCUGUGUAGUCCUCAGUCCUUCUACCUGUCCCUGUGCAGUCCUCAGUCCUUCUACCUGUCCCUGUGUAGUCCUCAGCCCUUCUACCUGUCCCUGUGUAGUCCUCAGUCCUUCUACCUGUCCCUGUGUAGUCCUCAGCCCUUCUACCUGUCCCUGUGUAGUCCUCAGCCCUUCUACCUGUCCCUGUGUAGUCCUCAGUCCUUCUACCUGUCCCUGUGUAGUCCUCAGCCCUUCUACCUGUCCCUGUGUAGUCCUCAGUCCUUCUACCUGUGCCUGUGGGAUAUGUAUUAUGUACAGGUGUCUUCAUGUUUGUGCAUGUCCUCUUCAGGGAGAGGUCACAGCACUGAUGAUGACUUCAGUUAUGAUAAGCAGCUGUAG